GUGAACGAUAUUUAGCGGAAACAUGGCCGCAAUUGUUGUGAUAUGUACAGUUCUCAUAUAUGCUGUGCUCGUAGCACAAUGUCAGGUCUACGUAUUCGAACACAUCGAAGAACACGAGCAGAGAAUCUCCGUCCUCGAAUCCUCCACUGCGAAUGCCACGACAUGUUGUAGUACCUUAAAGAAAGAAAAUGGGUUGCUUAAAAACCAGAACCAACAACUGAUGACCAUGAUGCAGAACCUAUCUUUACAGGUUUUGCUUCUUCAGCAGAAGGUGGACUCCUUGACAGCUGUUCCAAGCACCCCCCUGGCGCCACCAACACCACCCCCGCCCAUGACUACGGUCUCCACCCAACAGACCACCACCCCGUCAACUACAACAACAGCUGCUACACUACCACGUGACUGUGCUGAUUGGGCCGCCAAAGGGGAAACACUGAGCGGGGAAUUUGAAAUUAACAUAGAAGGAACGACAAAACAAGUUUACUGUGACUUGGAUCAUGACGGUGGACGGUGGACGGUCAUUCAGCGUCGCCGGGACGCUUCAGUGGAUUUUAACCGGAACUGGACCGACUAUCGUGACGGAUUUGGCGACAUAAAUUCCGAAUUCUGGCUCGGCAACGAGAUCAUCCACAAACUGACUUCCGCCGGAAAUAACGUCCUUAAUAUCAAACUGAUGGACUGGACUGGUACCAUCGUCUACGCUCAGUACUCGGGGUUUUCUUUGGACGGAGAAUCAAAGGACUAUACACUCCAUGUCGGCACGUACUCAGGAACGGCAGGUGACUCCUUUAAUUACCCACAAUCCAGUUUGCUGAGCCAUUACAACCACCGGUUCAGUACCCCGGAUCACGACAGAGAUAACUCAUUCAUGAACUGUGCGCAAAUUCUCAAGUCGGGAUGGUGGUUCAAUUCCUGCUACAGCUCCAACUUGAAUGGGGAUUUCCUGAAGGGGGUACCCUACGGACCAAAAACCAACGGGGAGGUUGCAGGACAGCCUACUCUUGAGGGGACAGGCAUUGAGUGGUAUCCAUGGAAACAGAAGCAGUAUUCAAUGGCCCACGUGGAAAUGAAAAUAAGACCAGUCUAAACCAUGCAAUAAAUGAUUAUAGUCUUUUGA